UUAUAGACGUUGAAAGUUAGGUUAAACUGUGUUUUGUAGUGUACCUGAUAUCGGCUGGUACAAUUGUCGAAAACAUCUAAUUUUUGUCUGAUAAAUCUGCAAAAUGGAUUUCCAAAACCGCGCCGGUGGUAAAACCGGCGGAGGCGGCGUAGCCUCAUGGUCGGAAAGCAACCGAGACCGCCGCGAGCGCCUCCGCCAAUUGGCGUUGGAAACAAUCGACUUACAAAAGGAUCCAUAUUUUAUGAAAAAUCAUUUGGGAUCUUACGAAUGCAAACUGUGUCUAACUCUACAUAAUAACGAAGGAAGUUACUUAGCCCACACCCAAGGCAAGAAACAUCAAGCUAAUUUAGCACGACGCGCAGCGAAGGAAGCAAAAGAUGCACCAACACUGCUUGCACCUGAGAAACCAAGAGUUGAACCCAAAAAGUUCAUCAAAAUUGGUAGACCCGGCUACAGGGUGACAAAACAACGUGAUCCAGAGAACGGACAACAAAGUUUACUCUUCCAGAUCGAUUAUCCAGAAAUUCAAGACAAUGUAUACCCGCGACAUCGAUUCAUGUCCGCUUAUGAACAGAAGCAAGAACCACCAGACAGAAAAUGGCAGUACCUUCUCUUCGCCGCUGAACCGUACGAAACCAUCGCGUUCAAAGUGCCAAGUCGCGAAGUCGAAAAAACCGACACCAAAUUCUGGACUCAUUGGAACAAGGACACCAAACAAUUCUUUCUACAAUUCGCAUUCAAAAACGAAUCCCGGAAGCCAGGACCAAUUAUGGCCAGACCAAACAUGAUCGGUAUUCCGGGCCCACCAAUGUUACCAGUUCCACCGCCACCGCGCCCACCGAUGUUUAAUCCGAUGCCGCCACCACCACCUUUAAUGGGAGUCAUGCCUGUACCACCACCUCCACAAUAAAUCAUUACAAUAAUAAUUAAA